AUGAGUGGUCGAUUACGGGAUAAAUAUCGACAAUUUAAAAGUGGUAGCGAAAAACGAAAACGUAAGUUUGCUAUUGAACAUCAAAAUGAACGUCAAAUAAACUCUUUAUUCAAAUUUUUCAAAAAACAUCAUAAUGAUGAUACUAUAGCCGAUAGUGGUGAAAUUGAAAGUGAAAAUGCGAAUCUCCAAUUGAGCGACAGUGCCAAUGUUAAUUCUGAAAAAGUAGAAGUUCAAUUCGUAUAA